AUGGAGCUCUGCAAGCUCUAUACUGAGCACAAAUGUUAUACUGGCUAUGCGGCUCUCGCCACACGGUGGUGUUCCAAGAACCUUCAUGUGCUACCUCGUGCCGUACGCCAGAUCGCUGAUGAGGAUCAUGAAUGGCACAAUCUGGCGGCGGGCGUUUACUUGAGUGAGGACACGCUGUCCGAAGCAUGGCAGCAAGAGCCAACGGGAUUGUGGUCAAACCUGUGCGAGUACGACGAAAUCAAAGUAGAGAAGCAAAUGAAUUCCAUCACCCGCCCAUGGAUGUUUCAGCUCAGAAAUUCUGACCGUGUACAGCAGCCAGCAAAAAGGCUUAUCUUGAAGCCUGAAGAUAUUGGCUCAGAGGCUUGUGUCAUGGAGAUCUUGUCAAGGUUCAACCAGGUUUGGGCGGAGAGUGACAUACAAGUUCUUGGCCAGAUGGUGAGGGUCAAGACCUACCGCAUGUUUUUGGUGGAUCCGUUCAGCAGUUUGGUUGAAGUGGUGGAGAAUAGCAUGACGCUUGAGAGGCUGAAAAGGAGAGACUUAUGGGCAGGAACACGCGUUGGAACACGAGUCCGACGAUACCUGGACUUGGAGAGCAAGCCACAUCGACUUGAAGUGCUUGCUGCUACCACGGCUGGCUUCCUUGCUUGUUCGUACUUGCUCGGCAUUGGAGAUGGGCAUGGAGACAAUCUGAUGCUGACAGAAUCAGGUGAACUCUUCCGCAUUGACUUCGGCUUCCUCUUUGGAAAGAAGCCCGUUGGCCUCGAUGCACCAACUGUGUGGUUGCCUUACACGGUGCGUGAGGCAUUGGGCGAGCAUUUGCCACAAGUGAUUCGUGCUGCUGAGCUUGCAGUUCAAGCUGUUCUUCAUGAAGGGCGAGAAGAGCUACGUGACAUCUGCAGGGUGUUUGACAAUGCUUUCGAGGGGCACGAUAGUGAAACCUACGUCACGGCCCUGGCCUUCGCCGAUUUUCAGGAGCAAGUGCGUGCAAUCGACGACUUCAGCCUUGGGAAAGAGCUGAAAGGUCUGGGCUAUUUCGUUCCUCGGGGCGACAGAGGCAAGCACCCUAUCAAUGUAAAGUCUCCAGCAGCGUUGACAUUCAUUGUUUCAGGAAGUUCUCCACGUGGAUGCUCUCCGAAUUUUCUGGAGUGCUUUGCAGACGCUCUAAUGGCAGCAUUGAGUCAGCGUGAUGGCAUCAACAUGGCAGAAGAUCUCGUCUUCGAUCUCUUGAUGGGUUUUGAUGCGGUAGGUCCUGCGCUCUCGCACGGUCAUGCCUUUAUCCGCUCUGUGAUUGAAGAAUGCUCCAUACCGGUGGCUGCAGCACGCGAGAAUUUUCAAAAGGCUUGGUCUAAGGCGCUGCAGGAAGCUGCAGAACAAACGGGUACUUUGGACAAUGGUCCACUUGCGGAUGAGGUUUACACAGCAGCCGAGCAGAAUCCCGAGGUCAUUGCUGCCACGCAGAUUUUUGAGCAUAGCUUGCAGCGAGAGGAAUGUCACAUAUGUCACAGCUUUGAAGACGUCCUUCACGUGCUGAAAGAAUAUUUGCCUGCCGAAAAGUUGCAGGAGAUCCUUGUGGAAGUGUCACACCACGUUGAACGGUAUUUUGAGAGAUUCUCGCACAUGCUAGGCGAAGUUCAUCCCAGUUUGGAGCACGCCCCGCUUUCUGCUUGGAUGACGAUGCUCCGAAUUGGCUCAGCAGCACAGAAGCGCGGGGCAGGGAAAACUGACACUGUGAAAAUGCUGGAAUCCAUUGCAGCGGCAGUGUCCUCGAAGGGUUGCUGCUCGGCGGCCGAAGUGCUUGUGGCUAAGGCCAUGUUUGUAGGCCCAAUGGGAGUUGCCCUCUCCGGAUUCCUGGCGGCGGGUGUUGGUAGCAUCGCCGUGCGGGAAAUUUCCCACUCUAUCUGGGGCACGCAGGACGACCGUGCUCUGGAGGAAGCUUUGAGGGUCCUUCAGUUGCGCUCCAACGUCGACCUACAGGAGGUUGAAGAGCAAUACCAGAAUCUGCACCGUGAGCACGGAGGUGAGAUCACAGAGAAUUGCCGCGAGAUCAACCUUGCUUUCCAGACUGCCAUAUGCCAGAUGAUGCGGAAGAUGAGCCAGUGA